GACCCAGUGCGGUAAACUCGGGGUUGUGAGCCCGGGCAGAUUUUUAAGCAAGCAAAUCUGAGUCCUUGUAGGGCUUAUUCUCUAAGCCUUCUUCAAAGAUUGGGAGGCAAAAGAUUUGGCGUUACCUAGCGCUAUCGGAGGCUCAGCGUGGUAGUAUUUCCUGGGAGAGCAUGGCGGAAAGUGCAAUGGAGGCCAGAAGGGAGCGCUUUCUUAGACAAAGGCAAGUCCUGUUUCUCUUUGUUUUUUUGGGUGGGUCUCUGGCUGGGUCUGAGUCAAGACGCUACUCUGUGGCUGAGGAAAAAGAGAGGGGCUUUUUAAUAGCCAACUUAGCGAAGGACCUAGGGUUGCGGGCAGGGGAACUGGCCGCGAGGGGGGCCCAAGUUGUGUGUAAAGGGAGCAAGCAGCAUUUUCAGCUCAACCAUCAGACUGGCGAUUUGCUCCUGCAGGAGAAAUUGGACCGGGAGGAGCUAUGCAGCUUCACAGAGCCAUGCAUACUGCAUUUUCAGAUAUUAUUGCAAAACCCUUUGCAGUUUAUUACAAAUGAGCUCCAGGUCAUAGAUGUAAAUGACCACUCUCCGAUAUUCUUUGAAAAUGAAAUGCAGCUCGAACUCCUCGAAAGCACUCCACCAGGAACAGCAAUUCCUUUGGGAAAUGCUGAGGACUUGGAUGUGGGAAGAAACAGUCUCCAAAACUACACUAUCACUCCUAAUUCACAUUUCCACGUUCUCACACGCAGUCGUAGGGAUGGAAGAAAGUACCCAGAACUAGUGUUGGAUAAAGCUUUGGACCGCGAGGAGCAGCCGGAGCUCACUUUGACGCUCACGGCCCUGGAUGGCGGCUCCCCACACCGGUCUGGGAUCGCCCAGAUCCGCAUCCUGGUCUUAGACAUAAACGACAACGCCCCAGAAUUUACGCUGUCCCUCUAUGAGGUUCAAAUUCCAGAGAACACCCCCAUUAACUCUGUUAUUGUCACCGUCUCAGCCUCGGAUUUAGAUACGGGAAAUUUUGAAACAAUAUCAUACGCAUUUUUUCAUGCUUCUGAAGAAAUUCGCAAAACUUUUAAACUAAAUCAGAUUACUGGGGAUAUCCAACUAGUCAAAUGUUUGAAUUUUGAAGCGAUUAAUACUUAUGAGGUCGACAUAGAAGCCAAGGAUGGCGCAGGCCUUUCGGGAAAAUCAACAGUGAUAAUUCAAGUGGUUGAUGUGAACGACAACCCACCUGAACUGACCUUGUCCUCAAUUACCAGCCCUAUCCCUGAGAAUUCGCCAGAGACUGUGGUGGCCAUUUUCAGUGUUUCUGAUCUAGACUCUGGAGACAAUGGGAGAAUGAUGUGUUCCAUAGAGAACGAUCUCCCCUUUGUCCUGAAACCAUCUGAAGGGAAUUUUUAUACCCUGGUGUCGAAAGGAGCGUUGGACAGAGAGAGCGAAGCCGAGUACAACAUCACCGUCACCGUCACCGACCUGGGGACACCCAGGCUGAAGAGCGAGCACAGCAUCUCCGUGCAGGUGGCCGACGUCAACGACAACGCCCCGGCCUUCAGCCAAAGCGCCUACACCCUGUGGGUCCGCGAGAACAACGGCCCCGCCCUGCACAUCGGCAGCGUGAGCGCCACCGACCCGGACUCGGGCGCCAACGCGCGGGUCACCUACUCGCUGCUGCCGCCCGGCGACGCGCGCCUGCCGCUGGCCUCGCUGGUGUCCAUCAACGCGGACACCGGGCAGCUGUUCGCGCUGAGGCCCCUGGAUUUCGAGGCGCUGCGCGCCUUCGAGUUCGGCGUGGGCGCGGCCGACGGCGGCUCGCCGGCGCUGAGCAGCCGGGCGCUGGUGCGCGUGCAGGUGCUGGACGCCAACGACAACGCGCCCGUCGUGCUGUACCCGCCGCAGAACGGCUCUGCGCCCUGCACCGAGCUGGUGCCGCGCGCGGCCGACGCGGGCUACCUGGUGACCAAGGUGGUGGCGGUGGACGGCGACUCGGGCCAGAACGCCUGGCUGUCGUACCAGCUGCUCAGGGCCACGGAGCCCGGGCUGUUCGGCGUGUGGGCGCCCAGCGGCGAGGUGCGCACGGCCCGGCAGCUGAGCGAGCGCGACGCGCCCAGGCACAGGCUGGCGGUGCUGGUGCGCGACCACGGCGAGCCGCCGCUGUCGGCCACCGUCACGCUGCACGUGCUGCUGGUGGACGGCUUCUCGCAGCCCCACCUGCCGCGGGCCGAGGCGGCGGCCGAGCAGGCGCGGGCCGAGCCGCUCACCGUGUCCUUGGUGGUGGCCCUGGCGGCGGUGUCGUCGCUGUUCCUGCUGUCGGUGCUGGGCGUCGUGGCGGCGCGGCUGUGCGCGAGGGCCCGGGCGGCGUCUGCGGGGGUCUGCUCGGGGCCCGGGGGCGGCCUUGCGGGCCACCUGGUGGACGUGAGCGGCGGCGGGACGCUGUGCCAGGCCUACCGCUAUGAGGUGUGCCUGUCGGGAGGCUCGGGGACCGGCGAGUUCAAAUUUCUCAAACCAGUUCUCCCCAAUGGUCUGGUUCGAGACACUGAACAAGUAUAUUAUUAACAGAAUAAUCAAAACGUGGUUGUUUUCCUAUGAAUGUUUUAUUUUUAAAUCAAGAAUCUUUAGUUGAUAUAACACUUCUUUAUAUGUGGAUUUUACUUUCUGUGUUGGUUGGUAAUCUUUGCAUGUUCUUUUUUCAUCUGCAUCCUGUGUUACUAAUGCAGUCUUAAUGCGUCCUAUUCUUCUAAUCGAGGAGCGAGAAUAAAUGAAUCUUUUAAUAAUGAUUUCAAAUAGGUUUAUUUUAAAGAACUCAUUAAAUUCGAUGUCCAAAGCAAUGUAGAGAGUUCCAAAUGACCAAUCUUACAAUUUACCCUGUUCAAUACAGUCAGAUAAUGUUUGUCAUAAUAUUCCUGAAUCAGCUUUGUCUGUGGUUAACGAAGUUUGUGGAUAGAUAAUGUAUUUUAAGAUGUACCAUCUUUUAGGGGUAUAGUCCUCAAAUGAAAGUAAUACAUUCAAUUCAUUCUGUUUUGACAUUUGCAAUUCAUAUCUCAAUAUUGCACACACUUAUUGGCCAAUAGGGCAGAUUAUUCUUAAAUUUGCCUCAGCUGUAUUCAUGAUGACUGAGGAAAAGAAUUACACCUAAGGCAUUUUGAACAAGUGAUUGUGCUUUUCCAUUUGGCAUGAAAACAUUGCUCAGUCAUGCAUCAGGCGAGAUGACAAUUCAGUCUAUGAAUUCUGACAUACAAAUGUUAUCAACCUGAGGGCCGAAUUUUUUAAUGGCAUGAAAGUACACACGCACACAGUCUCUAAAUGCUUUAUCAUAGAAGUGGUGUCCCAUUCCUACUUUUAAAUUAAUAUAUACUUUGCAUUUAUAUGACAUUAUGUGAGCGAAAUAUUUUGCCUGUCUUGGUUCCCUCUUUCAGAAUUCAACCUGACAUGGCUCAAGAUUAUACAUGGUCCUUCAGGGAUAAACAUAGUCCAUCCACAUCAGCGUUUGACCUCUUACAGUGUAAUUAACAAAAGAUAUACAAGAAUAGGACGUUCUAAAGAGGAGAGCAAUAUCAUUAUGAAAGUGUGAAUCAGCUAUAACUGAGUAAAGUCUGGAAACAACCAAACAUAAGCUUUUAUGGUUAUUUUGAGGGAAAUAGAAAAACAUAUUUAAGUAACAAAAUAUUUAGUGCCCAAUUAGAGAUGUUAAGAAAACAAAUUUUCUCCUCAUAGGCAUUUACUCAUCUAGAGGAACAGAGCUUUGCAGGAAUUGAAUAUGUGACUAGAAAAAAGAGAACUGAGGUUUCUCAAAGAUUUUUAAAAUUCCCAAAAGAGAGAAGGAAUUUAAGAUUGACAUGCUUUCAAUUAAGUGUAUGUGUAAAUGGUGUCAUUUUAUAUCACUGAGAAUCAAAUAUAUGAAUCCUUAAUAAGCAGUGGAAAGAGAAUAUUUCCUUUUACUUAUUACUUUGUAGAGAUGUCUAAAUCUGGCUCUCUCAGAUUUUUUUUCUUCUUUUCAUAACUAGAUGAAUUUUUAUGGAGAGAGAUGAAUUUUUAUGGGUGAAGAGUUCUGGUCAAGAGUCUCUUUAUUUGGCUAGCUUAGUUCCAGGUAGUAUCAGAGCCAGAGAAGUAUCCCAUAGUGGACAUAAAGGGAAGUUCUUGUUUGCACCAGUAUGGCAUAUGACGUGGUACUGAAGUUGGAGGGGCUAUACGCUGAGGACUCAUUGAGGCCCAGAAAAGAGAACAGAUGCUAUUAGUUGGUAGUAUACAACUAAUUUAGUAGAUGCAUGGAUUUCACAUAUUAUUGAGAAAGUGAACAACAUUUAGUGAGGUCAGAAAAGAUCAUCUGGACUAAAUUUGAAGAUUGGAAACAAUUAUACUUUACUCCUGCUUCAAAGUUGCUUUCAAUUCUGGGCUGUCAAAACCUUUCACCUUUUUAUUUAAAGACAAUUUUAAAAACCUUUAUCUCAAUUUUUAAAUAAAAAACUUUAUUAUCAAGUGCAGAGAAGGUAUCACAUGUAUAGUGCUAACUACUGCUGCCACUUUUUGGAAUUCCACGAACUGAAAUUCUGGCACAAGAUAAAAAGGAUGACUUUCUAUGUUAAUAAUAAUUUUUUAGUAAUUUUUUCUUCUAAGAAGACUGGUAAAUCCAUUAUUGUGAGUUAUUUCCAAAUUGACCUCUCACUAUAUUCUAAUAUUCAGAAAGUAAGAGAAAUCAAAGAAAAACUUGAGCCCCUUACCCCAGAAUGCACUAAAUAACCUUAUUAGUACUCUAAGGAACUUAGAGUCUAUUUCUGUUUUAUUCAGAUUUGCAUCUCCAGCGCAUAGCAAAAUGCCUCACACAUAGUAGAUGUUUGAAUAUUUGUUGAAUAAAUAAUUUUUUAAAUACUUGGAAAAUCAAUCAAUUUUUCAAGGACUUGUUUACUUGGAACUUAUCUCCACACUGAAAUUUUAAAAACUGUCUACAUGCAAAGAGGUAUAGCAUUUAAGAACAUAAUUCCAAACUCUAUAGAACCAAUGUAUUACUUAGUGGCCUCCUUUCUGGAAAUUAGGAGAACACUAAAAUAACGUGUUAAUCUCCAAGUAGGUUUCAGAUUGAGCUUUCUCACAUCUUUGAUUUCAAAGACAAAGAAGAAAUGAAAUACAAGUAAUUUAUAAAACAAUGCCAAUUUCCAACACUCUGAAUUCAUCAAAUUAACUUUCUGAAUUCUGUAUUUGAGGUCUCUAAUUGGUUAUUCUAUUGAAUUUUGGUUGGUCUUCAAUGUAUCAAAACGAAGUGCAUUUUGCAAGAUCACAAAGGCUUUGAAUUAACUUUAAAAUAGCCAAUCAUUCAUUUAUUUUCAAA